AAAUAAUCUGUGAGCCAUUUCACUUCGCCUUUUCAGGAUCUCUUCACCUUGUCUUUUGCAUUCUCUAUUUCUCACAUGAAAUGCAUUCCCCCCUCACGUCACUCGUGUUUCCUUCUAUUCAUCGAUGUAUGCACCAGCGAUGAGUGAUUGCGCUCUACAGUAUAUUGGAACCGGUAUCAGGUCGAUUGCUAUUACUCCACCGUAUUAAAUUUCAUCUUGAAUUUUGAGCAAGUGUUAAAUUUGGACCAUACUAGAUGCCAUGUUUUUCCCACUUAUAAUGUCUCCUCAAUGCCGAGCUUAUACCUUAGCCAAUUCUUGGUGGCAAGGUUUUGAUCAUUUUAGCAAGAGUGGGUGUGUUAGGUUUAGAUUUAAAGUUCUUGCCUCAUGUAAAUACGGGCCAGACAGAUGUAACAGGACUGAGAAUGGAGGAGCCCCCUUAACAACCCAAAGUGAAGGGAAAACAGUGGAUAGUAUACAAAGCAAAAAAACUAUUAGAGAAGAGAUAUCAAAUGAGAUUACUACAUCUAAAGUAGAUUUAUAUAAAUCAGAAAUAACCGCGCUUGAAAAAAAUGAAUACUAUGAUAUUCGGGAAAAGAUUACUGAAAAUAAAGAAUUGGCUAGACUUAUAACUUUUAUCGCUUUUGAUAUUGAGACCACUGGGUUUAGCAGUGAGAGAUGUCGAAUAAUAGAGAUUGCAUUGAGGGACCUAGUUGGAGGUGAAAAUAGCACUUUACAGACUCUGGUCAAUCCUGGGUGCUAUGUGAAAAAUGGUUCUGUUCAUGGAAUUUCGACUCAUAUGGUCUGCAGGCCUGAUGUCCCCAGGAUGGAGGACCUAAUUCCCAUCUUGUUACAAUAUGUGAGAAGCCGCCAGAAACCUGGUGGGUAUGUAGUGUGGAUUGCUCACAAUGCUCGUAGUUUCGAUGUCCCUUUUCUAAUCAACGAAUUUAGCCGAUGUCGUUACUCCAUUCCUUCAAACUGGUUGUUUAUUGACACACUUCCUCUGGCUCGUAAAGUAAUGAAAUCUGCAGGGCAUUUAGGCGCAAAGGGCCUUCCAAAAGCAUCACUGAAAGACAUGCGGGAACACUACAAGUUCCCGUUACUCGGUACAGAGCAUAGAGCAAUGGCAGACGUAAACUUGUUGGCAUUAGUUUUUCAGUCUAUAACUUUUGACCUGAAACUGACAGUACCUGACCUUGUUGGAGGGCAUUCUACUUGGUUCUCAGAAGUAGGCAAUAAUACUAAAGAGAAAAAAAAAAUCUAGCUGAAGAAGGGUGUCCUCC